AUGGCAAGGCUAGAUAGAAAAGAUAGAAAUAAAAGUCUAGAGAGUCUAAUGGUUUUGGACAAGCCAGGAAUGGGAAGAAAUGUGAAUCAACUGAGACCCCAGAAGUCCAUUCCUGGGUAUGGCCUAGAAUUCAGUAACCUCUCUUAUAGUAUCAUAAAGCAGCAGCAGAAGGAUGGAGUUAAGAUCAACAAAAAAACAUAUCUUCUUCAUGAUAUCACUGGCCAGGCAAUAAAGAGUGAAAUUAUGGCAAUCAUGGGGCCUAGUGGUGCUGGAAAAUCCACCUUUCUUGAUGCCUUGGCUGGCCGAAUUGCAAAAGGGAGUCUAGAAGGAUCAGUUCGAAUUGAUGGAAAGCCAGUUACUACAAGCUACAUGAAAAGGGUGUCGUCAUAUGUGAUGCAAGAUGACCAGCUCUUCCCUAUGUUGACAGUCUUUGAAACAUUCUUGUUUGCAGCUGAAGUUAGGCUUCCACCCUCCAUAUCCAGGGAUGAAAAGAAGAAGAGGGUUUACGAGCUCAUUGAUAAACUAGGCUUACAGAGUGCUACACAUACCUACAUAGGUGACGAGGGAAGGAGAGGAGUGUCAGGAGGGGAACGAAGAAGAGUAUCUAUAGGUGUAGACAUUAUCCAUAAGCCAUCACUUCUGUUUCUUGACGAACCUACCUCAGGCCUUGAUUCUACAAGUGCUUACAGUGUGGUAGAAAAGGUUAAAGACAUAGCUCGGGGUGGAAGCAUUGUCCUUAUGACCAUACACCAGCCUUCAUAUAGAAUUCAAAUGCUUCUGGACAAGAUCACCGUCCUUGCAAGGGGAAGACUGAUAUACAUGGGAAGGCCAGAUGCACUUCAGGCUCACAUGUCAGGAUUUGGAAGGCCUGUACCAGAUGGAGAAAACAGCAUUGAGUAUCUCCUAGAUGUUAUAAGUGAAUUUGAUCAAGCAACGGUUGGGCUUGACCCUCUAGUCCAAUACCAACGUGAUGGCCUCAAACCUGACCCAGUAGCAACGACACCUGUUCUAAGAACUCCAAGAACACCCUACAGAAGGAAUCAUCCUGCAUCUAAGCACAUGAUAAGCCUACGCAGCCAAGGAUUUACCGCUGGAACACAACAACCAGAUUCAGCACAAUUUAGUUAUCAUGAUGAGGACAACGAUGAAGAGAAUUUUGAUAACUCCCUUGAAAGGAAAAGUGUUCACAGUCACACACCAAGGACCAUGACCAGUGGUGUAUACCCACGUUUGGCUUCUCAGUUCUACAAAGAUUUCUCAGCCAAAGAUUUCUCCGUCUGGCUUUACCAUGGGGUAGUAGGAACCCCGCGUCGCCAACCAUCAUGGACUCCAGCAAGAACUCCAGGAUGGACACCAGGGAAAACACCCAUGUCAGGAUCAAGAAGCGUAGUUUCCAACCAAUAUUCUGCAGCAUAUCAGGAACCUUAUCGGCCCAAAACUCCUGCAGUGUUUAACCAGUCUUUGGACUACUCAGCAACUUCAUAUGAAGAGUUUGAGACUGAGGAAGUGCUUGAUGAGCCAAGCUUUGGAUCCAAAUAUGCAAACCCAUGGUUACGUGAGGUUGUAGUGCUCUCAUGGAGAACAGCACUCAAUGUAAUUCGCACACCGGAACUCUUCCUCUCCCGUGAGAUUGUGUUAACUGUUAUGGCAGUUAUCUUGUCCACCAUUUUUGGAAAUCUGAGUGAUACUACUUUCAAAGACAUCAAUAGGCUUCUCAAUUUCUAUAUCUUUGCAGUGUGCCUUGUUUUCUUUUCUUCCAAUGAUGCAGUCCCAUCUUUUAUCAUGGAAAGGUUCAUCUUCAUCAGGGAGACUUCCCACAAUGCUUACCGUGCUUCUUCAUAUGUCAUUUCUUCCCUCAUUGUUUAUCUCCCAUUUUUCGCUGUUCAAGGCCUCACAUUUGCUGCAAUAACCAAACUGAUGCUCCACUUGAAAAGCAGUCUCUUGAAAUUCUGGCUAAUACUUUAUGCCUCACUUAUCACCACCAAUGCAUAUGUGAUGCUUGUUAGUGCACUUGUGCCUAGCUACAUCACAGGGUAUGCAGUAGUCAUAGCCACAACAGCACUCUUCUUUUUGACCUGUGGUUUCUUCCUCAAGCGAACCCAGAUACCCAUUUACUGGAAGUGGCUCCACUAUCUUUCUGCAAUCAAAUACCCAUUUGAGGCAUUGCUGACCAAUGAAUUCAAGAAUGACCGUGGCUGCUACACAGGAAACAUAGCAGAAUUAUCCCCUGGACCAUUAGGAGACGUGAAGUACAGCAAACAUCAUAAUACCAGCCUUCCUGAAAACUGCUUAGUAGGAGAAGAUGUGCUGUCCACAAUGGGCAUUUCAAUGGAAAAUAUAUGGUAUGACAUCAUCAUCCUGCUAGCUUGGGGUGUUCUUUACAGGCUGUUCUUCUAUUUGGUUUUGAGAUUUUACUCUAAGAAUGAGAGAAAAUGAAUCAUUUACACCCUUUUAUAUAUUUGGAUGACCUAUUAGUUAAUAGAAGUCCCGGCCUGCUAAAAAGCUUAAGGUCAUAACAAUCACGUUUUUUCUGGUAUUAUUGCUAUGAUACUCAUGAGAACUCAUCAUAUUCUGUUGAAGAUUGUAGCUUAUACUUUUCUGUCCUAAACUGAAAGAGUGAAUGGCAAAUUGACAAUGCUUACAUCACGUUUAUGAAAAUACCACAGUUAAUUGUUCUUGGAAGAACAAAACACCAUCAUAAGUGAACGUGUGCUAUGGCAGGAAAAGAUGUAACUUUGCGACAGUUCAAGAGUGAGUCAUGUUAAAAUAGUCCUAUCAAUUACCAUAUCUUGCAUCCUCAAGUCACAUACACAAGAGUUAAGCUUCAGAAUGGCCUGGCUUCAAAAUUAAAAAAAAAAAGUGAAACUGACCCACCCACAACUUUCCAAAGAGGUACUCGUCAACAAAGUUGAGUACUUCUGUCCCCCCACUACAGUCAUCAUAAACCUAAAAUCAGCUUGAAAAUGUGAAACUUCACCAAAUCAACAUUAACAUUUUCUAUGUGCAAUCAGACAGGAAAAACAAGCCAUAAUACAUUGAAACUCUCGAUUAAUCUUUGCCUAUGUAUGACAUUAUGGACAUGUAAACAGAAGAAACAGCAAGGAAAUGUUAAUGUUCAGGGUUCUUAUAAGGUGUUCACUUAAAGAAGGCCAGCAUGUUGCUCAAUCUUCCUUUCAAGUGUACUUUUGUCCGCCCCCACCACACUGUCAAUCUCCUUGCCAUUUUUAACAAAGAAAAAUGUAGGAACACUGCUAAUAUUCCAGCGGGCAGCAACAUUCCUUGCCUCAUCUAUGUCAACUUUCAGGAAAACCACUUUUGGGUACUUUUCAGCCAAGCUUGUAUAAAUAGGCGAGAUGAAACGGCAAGGGCCACACCAUGUUGCAGUAAAAUACAGGAUCACCAAGCGUGAUGUCUUUGACGCAGCACUCAGCUUCGACUCCAUUUCAUCAGUAGAGUGAAUAGCAAUGACUUGCCCUUUAGAAUGCCACAAACGUAAUGUCAUUGAAUUAAUAAUAUAAAUCACCCACAUCUCAAUUUAAAUUCCAAUGAAUUGCAAUAUAUGGACCUCAAAAAUAUCUUUUAACUUGAUGGAUCAAAGGAAAAGGGGAAUGGACACAUGGAAAAUAAAGACAAUGGCAAAAUAGAUAACUCUUUAGGAAUAAAAAAAAUAUCAGCCAAUAUGUUGGGAAUGAUCCGCAAGAGUCAAAAGUAUAGUUUUUCUAUAUCUUGUUAGGAUUUUGUUUAAUAGAACUGAAUUUUUAGUUCAAUUUGGCAAUACAACAUCUUUCCUCUCUACAUCCCAUAACCAUAAAGUUGGGCCCAAUUUGCAAACUACUCUUCAAAUCACAUAACCAAGCAAGGUUUGUGCUAAACAAAAUUCAAGCCAACAGACACGCGUUUCCAUAAACCAACAAAGAAAACAGGCCAAAAUGCCUAUAUAAAUGACAAUAAAUUGCUAAUAAACGAUGAAUGAAAUGCCUGAAGCAAGG